GCGGACGAUGUGGUCCUUUUGGGAUUUCUAAAUACCUUGAUACAGUAGAAGUUAACUGUAGCUCUGUAUUAAAUUGUGACAGUUCAUUUAGGCAUGGACACAUUUUAACUGUUAAACUUAAGAAUUUUUAGGAGUCAAAACAGUCAUCUGAUGACAGCGACGAUACAAUCAUCCUUGGUCCAACACCAACCGAAGGGGACAUGAGCGUGCCUGAGCUCACAAGAACUGACAGUGUGAUUCUAAACAAACAAAUGCUUUGCUACUCAGAAGCAUCUCUAUCAAGUUCUGACAUCACUGAGGAAGAGUAUGUUCCCGGUUCUGAGGAAUCUGAGAGUGACAGUCUAAACGGCAGUGACAGUUUGGUAGACGUUAAACAGCUCAAGAAGAGGAAGAAAAGAGCCCAGAAAAAUACUUCUUCUCUGGAAGUCCAACCACUUAAGAGAAUGCGUGUGACCACUUCUAGUUCCUUGACCGCAAAAGAUCCUGGAGAAUCUUCUUCAACUGAUGCAAAAGACCCUGGAGAAUCUUCUUCACUUGAUAUGACAGUCAUGACCUUGAAGAAGAAGGGAGAUGGCACUAGGGUUUACAAGGUACUUUUGUGAGUUUUGUAGCAAACCUUACAGCAAAAUGGCACGUCAUCUAGAAGCAAAACACAGUGAUAUAUCAGAAGUGGAAAGUGCACUGAAAUGCCCCAAAGGUUCUAGAGAACGACGGCUGCAGUUGUCCUUGAUAAGAAACAAAGGAAACCGUGCCCAUAAUAACAAAGUCAUUAAAGAGGGGAAAGGAAUGUUCAUUCCCCGCCAACAAUGCACUAAAUCUGCAAAAACUGGUGAUUACUUGCAUUGCAUCAAAUUUCGAGGGUUACCUCAAACGGAAAUCCUUGUGGAGGCAUAUGCAGAGGUGUUAUCUCAGUCAAAAAGUCAAAGGACUGAUCCAGGAACAUCGAGUCCAAGCCAUUUGCAAAUAUGCAGAGCCAGUACCAGACAGCGUCAAUGCACAGUUUUGGAAACUAAUACUUGACAUGCACCAUGAUGACGUAGCAAAAGUUGUCCAAAGUGAGAAGUGCAUCUUGAAAUUUGGAGAACAUUUGUUCAACAAACAUGGUCAAGAUAUUACAAGACACGAAUACAUCCGACAGAAGAUGUGCGAAACUGCACGAGUUGUUCUGCAAGGAAAGAAAGAUGGCAAGUUGGAGACGCUGUCAGAGUUCUUUGUGCCAGCUAACUUCCCUCAUGUUAUAGAUGCAGUUAAGAAAGUGGCUGGCUUGGAUGAAAGAACAAACGUCUUCAAAACGCCAUCUUUAGCACUCAAGUUGGGUCACAACCUCAAGAAAGUGGCAAAUGUUCUUGAAUGUGAGGCUAUGAUCUCAAGCGAUGAGAAUACCAUUCACAAUGUGCGAAUUUUCAAACAGAUCUGUGAGACCAGAUGGAGCGAGUGUGUCUCUUCCCAUGCUCUUAGGACUUUGAAUGAGGCUAUGUGGAAUGCUCCUCAGCUUAUUCCCUUUGCUGAAGACAUUAGGAAAAUGCACCAGUAUCUUGACACAAAAAGGAUGGAGUGCCAGAGGAACCUGAAGAAAGAAGCUGUAAAGAAGAACUGGGCUGAACUUGCCAAGAUCACGCUUUGUGAGGUGAUAAUAUUCAACCGGAGAAGAGAGGGAGAAGUAUCCAAGAUGCCACUGAACGCUUUCACCUUGAGAGAUACCUCUGUCACCCAUCCAGAUGUGGAGCUUGCUUUGUCAGAACUUGAAAAGAGGCGGUGUAAGCACUUCCAGCGAAUUGAGAUAAAAGGCAAACGUGGCCGAAAGGUUCCCAUUCUCCUUACUCCUGAUAUGGCAUCAUCAAUGGAGUUGAGACAUUGGUAGAGUUGGCUCAUUUUCAGAACGUGUGUUGACUUCGAUAUUCACCUCCAGAGAGUCGAGAAACUCUCAUUUCUAUCAUUUGAAGUCUCUAUAUAGUAUUGAUAACGUCCUCAUUGCCAACCAGAGGCAUCUUGCUUGUGUUCAGAUAGGAAGUAGAAAAAUUGUGCAAAAAAUGAAAAUGUUGCCACCUUUAAACCUGAUGCAAUCCAGGUAAAAGAGUAGACGAUGUAAGAGUAACUAUAAAAUCUGGGUUUAAGUAACUUUAACCAGCAGAACUAUGAGAUGAAGACAGGAGAGAGCUAUUUAGUCAAUAUGAUUGAACUGAAAUAAUUUUUUGUAAAGUGCUUUGUGUUGGGUAAAUUGUAUUAUUAGCAUUAUCAAAUAUUCGUUGUAUCAUGUAGCCUUGUAGUUACAUUUAGAUAAUGUUUCUGUGUGUUAAUUAAUUCUGAUUCCUUCCUAAGGCCUCCUUGGAAGAGAGAGGUGACAGAUAUUCUUAGCAGGACUCCCUGAGAGAUGGAGGUGUUAGUUGCUCCCAGCAGAGUUUUACAGUCCUGCAAUAAACUCUGCUCUGUGCUACAAAGCCGUUGCUUUGAAGCUAUACAACGCGUCCUAUUCGACGCCGUGCCUGGAGCAAGAAGGAUUUAGAUUGUAGAUAACAUGUGUUUAGUUUAGUGAUUGUCUUUUAGCACUGCAACUAAAAUGCUUUGACCCCACCCCUUAGAGUUGCAGUGCUCUCUGUAAAAGGGCCUUUGAAAGAAAUAAAAGGAGGGGAGCAAAGAAAUGUGUUUCAGAGCAGUUGGAGAUUUGUAACUGAAAGCACAUCUCUGUCUGCUCUCCUCGCGAGAAACAAAGAAUCUAACUCUCUUGUCUUUCCUGUGUUUGUUUAAAUUGUCUAAUAGGUAUAUAGACCUGACACUUUGAGACCACUUUUGUUGUGAAUGGA